GUCCAAAAUUCAGGUACGAAACGUUUGUCGUGCGAAAGUCUAGUUAAAAGGUCAAGGUUACCGGAUGUUUAUAUCGGAAAAUAAACUUGUGCUGACUCGAUGGCAAUAUUCUAUAUAUUACAUAACUAAGUAAGAAGAAUUGUUUGAAGACAUUAUAAGCCAUCAUGGACCAUUCUCUACUAGAUUCUAAUUUGGAUGAUAAGGAGGCAAUGUUUAAUCAGCUUCUCAUGAAUGCUGCUGCAGAAGAUCCAAAUUUGAUAUCAGAAUUGAGCAAACAAAUACCUACUACACAAGUUAGACCAGUACCUGGAUUUUGCUUGAAAACUAAAACCAACAAGAAUGAAAAGGUUUUUGUGAAUGUCUGCAAAGCUGAUAAUGUGCCUGCACCAAAAGACAUCUCUGACGAGGAACUAAUUAAGUUAUUGGAAUCUGAUGAUCCUACGGGGUACAGAGUUCCCAUGUCUAUAGGAGAACCUCAUGCAGAAAUAGAUAAAUCAAAUCAGGGUUGUACUGCUUAUGAUGUGGUUGUCUCCCCUGUUUUCAUGGAUAAGAUGGCUGCCAGUGAAUUAUUCAAAACAUUUUUCUUGACAGUAAUGAUGGAAGGAUUAGAGGAUAAAUAUGAUACACAACUAAGUAGAGAAUGGGUAAUAUUAAAAAACAGACGUUUUGUUGGGACAUUACAGGAACAGAAUGUGAGAACACAAUCCAAGCCAGUCAUUGAGGAAGUGAACAAGUAUAGUUCACAGACUUCAGGAUCAGGGAAAUCACUUAUACAGGAAGUAUCUCUCUCACAGGAAGAUAUUAAAUCAUCAAGAGGCAAGGAACCAGAUUACAGAAUAGUGCAGGAACCAGCUGAAGGACAUCCAGAAUUUCUUGUGGCUGAAAUAAACCUUUCACAAGUGAAAGUUAGUAACAGCAUCAACCUAGAUCUUGGAGAGGAUAGAAUAUUACUACAAACAAGAUCAAAUAUUUACUACUUAGAUAUCUAUCUGCCAUAUUAUAUAGUUCAACAGGAGUGUGGAGCACAGUUCAACAGAAAAACUAGGAUUUUGACCAUAACAAUGCCAGUGGUUCCAGAAACGUGAUGCCAUGACAUUUUUUUAGUUUUCUAAUAAAUUGUUUCCAUAAUAUAAA